UGAAAACCGUUUGAUUGCCAUAAACAUUGUUGCAGGCGAACCGAACCUAUGGAUGUAUUAUAGGACCCCACAAGUUGGUUUAGUUGGUUGCCACUUCCCUGAUCGAUUGUCCCCUACAUCCUUUGAAUGGUACGGUCCGUUGCCUAGGUGCUAGUAGAAGCCAAUUCACUCCGCCACGCCUGUCCUCAGUACUUGGCUUUUUUGUCGCUGUUGUUGAAAGGGAAACCAAAGGACAAGAGAAGUUGUCAUGGAUGAAACAACAAUGGGAGUGAUGAAGUUUGAGGAUCUGCUGUUCAUUGCAAAUUCAGAUUGGUUUAUGUGUGAUACCAUGUAGGCAAAGUUGUUUGUGAUUGUUUCUUUCACCAUCGAGGAAAACGUUCGUCACUCACAGAUGCAGCUUCAACAAACUUAAUGUAUGACCAUGGAUCAUGAUGAGGUGUGGACGGAGCUGGACCAAAUUUCUAUGCGGCUUCAGGAGGAUGGCUUACCUCCUGCAGCCAGUGCGGAGGAGCGGCAGCGUCAUCUGUGGCAGCAGCUGCUCAGAAGUGAGGCGAAGCUUCAGUCAGCCGCCCAGGAGCUGCAGGCUUUACGUACCCAGCAGGCCAAUGAGAUGAAGGAGGUGGAGAGCUAUGUUGCACACAUUCGUGGGCUGUUGGAAGAGCGUGAAUGUCUGACUGCAGACUAUGAGAGAGACAAUGAACACUUGCGACAUGAGCUUCACCAGAUCAGACAACAACAAGAGAGUCAGAGCAAAGAGCUGGCAGAGAUGCUGGCUCAGGAGGACCUUGGGGAGAUGGGCUUGAGCAGCCCCAGUGAGCAGGUGGCUUACUUGCUGGUGGAGAGGGCCACACUGCUGGAAAGGCUGGAGGCUGCUGAAAGGAGACUGGAAAGUCAGAGCCUCACUGGCAAUUUGAGGGAGGACCACCACCAGGAGCAUAUUCACCACAUGAUGGAGGAGGAGCUAAGGCAGCAAAGGGACAAUAUACAGAAAAGCAUAGAUAACAUGACAAAGCAGUGUGCAUCCCAGAGUCCAUGGAAGAAGCUGUUUGGGCUGCGCAGGUCUGGUCAGAGCAAACACAAUAUUACCCCUGCCCACAGUGAGGAGAUAUCCCAGGAGCGAAAUGAGCGCCAGCGGCUGGAGCGGGACCUGGAAGAGGCGUCUAGGCGGCUGGCAAUGGCUCAUCAGGAUAUCCGCAGACUCACCAAUGAGCUGGAUGUUGCCAAAAACAACAACCUAGAUUCAAGUGAUAUGAUGAAGCUGCAGCGGGCCAAAGAGCAAAAUGACAGACUAGAUGCUGAGAACAGAGCUCUGAGAGAGAGAGUGCGCACUGUAGAAUCUGAGAAGAAAAACCUCCAGGAACAGUUGGCAAUAAAUGAUGCAGACCAAGAUGUAGUAGCUGAAGAGGAUCGAAAGGACAAGGGCAUUAGCAGUGAACCCCAAAACAAUCUUUCUGCCUUGUCAGCUCAAGAAAAAGAUCAUAUUCACAAACGGUGUCACGAGGCGAUGGAAGAUGGUCUUGUUCAGGUAAGGGAGUUGCAACGACAGCUCCAAAGGCUACGCAAGGAACAGGAAGAGCUGGAGGAGAGGAACGAGGAGUUGGAGGCCCUGCUGGGGGAGGCCCAGAACGCCAGCAAGGAGGAGGGUCAUCGCCAUGAGGGAGAACUGGAGGGAUUGCACAGGAGGAUCAAAAGCCUGGAGGCAGAGCUGAAGAAGCAGGAUGCCCAUGAAAAAAUGAUAAAGAAUGGAGAAGAGGUCAAAGCCACCGAGUCCUACUUACAGCUGCACCUAAGGGACAACAGCCAGGAGAGACUGGCUCUGCUAGAGGCACGGCUGACUGAAGAGAAGGACUGGAGGAAACAGUUGGAGAUUGACCUCAAUGCUGCCCAGGCUGCCCUCAAAAAAGACAAAGAGGCUUUGCAGAUAGGUGAACGAGAGCUGAAGAAGCUGAGACUGGAGGUUAACAGCCUUCAGACAGAAUGCCAACAAGGGAAAACGCUCAUCAAGAGCCUCACCCAAGUCAAAGGGGAAAAAGCUGUUCUGGAGGAAAAGGUGGCCCAGAUGGAGCGCACCCACAGCCGACUCCAGAGUGAGCUAGAGCGCUAUAAGGAUAGUAACCGGACCCAGGAGGACCGGAAGGAAAGCAGGCUUCACGUUGACCAGCUGCAGGAGCAGGCUGACCGCCUGACUGCUGAACUCAGCAGCCUCCAGACAGCACACAACACACUGAGGGAUGAAAUGGUUUCUGAGCGGCUGCAGACUGCCGAGCUCCAAGCCAAGCUGAGCUCCAGUGUCCAGGAGAAGCUGGCAGCUGAGGGAGAAAGAGAGAGACUGGAGAUUGAGAUACAGCACCUCAACAAGCAGCUCAAGAGGCAUCAAGAGCAGUUCUCCUCCACAAAGGAAGCACUUAGUAGCAGCAAGAAGCUUGAACUGGAUACAACUCACAUAGAAUCUAGGUUUAGUACUGUGGAGAGUACCAAGGAUGAAAGCUUGGAUCAGCUUUCAUGCCUGAAACAGGAGCUGAAUCAUCUGCAGACCAAGCUGGAGGAGGAGCAGCAGCUGGCCUUUCAGCACCAGCUGGCCCUGCAGGCUCAGGUCAAUGAAGCCCAGGCACGCGUCAAGUCCCAGGACUCAGUGCUGAGCCAGAAGGCAGAGGAGGCUAAACAGAUGAAACAGGACCUGCAGAGGGCCCAGAGCCUGUUCACCUCAGCAGAGAGAGAGCUGCGCUACGAGAAAGAGAGGAACAUGGACCUGAAGAGGCACAAUACCCUGCUGGACCAGGAAAAGCUCAAGCUUUGUGCAGAGCUGAAGCAGGUCCAGACCAAGCUGGUCCAGGUGGGACAGACUGUCCACACUCAGGUGGCUGAGAGUGAAAGUCAGCAGCAGAAAAUCAGGGAACUGGAGCUGGAACUGGCACGUAACUCCACAUAUCGCAGCGCCACCACAAGUUUGCAGGAGGACCUGCAGGCUGAGAGGGCGCGGCUCAUUGCUGCUGACAAGAAGGUGUUGGAGCUGCAGCAGCAGCUUAAGAAUGCCCAGCACCAGCUGCGUGUGGAGGAAGCACGGGCCGGGGAGAGCAGCCGCCUGGAGCGGGACAGCAGGGAUCUGUCUGACACCUUGUCGGCCCUGAGAGCCCAGCAGCAGGAGGAGCACAUCACCAGGAAGCUGUUAGAGCAGCGUGAGGAGGAGCUGCUACAGCAGGUGCGCUCCCUGAGGCUGAAGGAGGCCUCCCUGACCAGGACCAACACAGAGAUUAGCCACCGUGCCCAGCAGCUGGACACCCGCCUGGCCAUCCUGGAGGCUGAGCUCAGGAAGGCCAGAGAGGAGGUGAGAGAUGGCCAGAAGUGCAGCCACAGACUGCAGGAGGAGCUGGCGGCCAGUCAACAGGAGUGUGACAGACUGCAGGCGGAGCUGCAGCAGGUUCUCCUCCAACAUGACACACACGUUAGAAAGUACAAUGAAAAGCAGAGUCAGCACAAGACUAAGCUGCGUCAGGCCAAGCAGGUCUUUCUCAAGACAACGGCACAGAGGGACCGAACCAUCCAAAAACUGGAGAACGACCUGUUACUGGCCUCCAGCCUCUCACACAAGGAGAAGGAAAGGAUCCAAACAGUGAUGGAGGAAAAUGAGAAGCUUUUGGAGGAGAAGAGGGAACUGUUGAGGAAGAUAAGUGAGGCAGAAGAAAUGGGUAGCAAUGGCAUGAGGACUGCCUCAACGGUUCAACACAGGGUCAACGUCUUAGAAGUGGAAAACAGACAGCUACAGGAUCGGACCCUAAAGCUCUCCAAUCAAGUCAGUUCCUUAGAGCGCGCCCUGAGAAACGUCCAGUCGUUCUACAGCCUGGAGAAUGCCAAGAAAGUGCACCACUCUGAAAGUCUCUGUGACGGCGUCCUACAUACAUCUACACUAAGUCUGACGUCAGGUUCCUGUGACCCAUUGGACAUCCUGGACAAAAUCUGCCGGGUGAAAGUGGGCGAGCGAAUGCUGGUGGACGGCACCCGAGCGUCUGUCUCCACACACCAGCUAUCAGAACAGGGUUACCUGAAUCUCACCUCCCCAUUGGCUCCUCCAGAGCCCAGAGGCACAGAGGAGAGCUCUAUUAACAGUGACAAGGUAUGAGACGUGUUACGCUCUGACGCGGUUGUUGCCUUUGUGUUUGCAACAGCAAGCUAGCAGCAAGGAUGAGUGCUGUAAGUCAUGCACUGGGUAGCAUUAUAGUAUUCGACUCCGACUCCGCUGGAGAUAGAAAAAAUAUGUUGAAAGCAAAUAAUUCUUGUUAAAAGACAGUAAUAAUGAAAGGGGGCUUCCACUGCAGUUCUGCUCAGGGUCAUUUCUCUUUUGUAUUGCAAAGCAGAUUCUUGUUUGGCCUGUAUUUUGAUCCAGGUUCAGACUGAGAGGGAAAUUAUCGGGGAUUUAAAAAAACUGCAAGUGUCAAUCAAUCAUUUUUAUGACAUAUUUUCAAGGCAACAGGAUGUAAUGGGAGUUUUGAUUUGGAAGCCAGCUGGCACAAGCUUUGUUGGUCUGUUGUUUGGUCAGUUGCUUGAAAGACUUGUGUUGGUUUAUGGGAAAGAUCAUUGUUGUUUUUUUUAACAUAUAGGAUAAAGGUACUUCACACAAGUGCAGCGCAAUAUCAAAAAUAUUUCAUGGGUGGAUUCGAAUGAGACUAGUUUAAACUAAGCACUUUAUAAAAAGAUUUACUUGUGUUUACAUUUGAGAAAAUGUAGCAGUGGAAUACAACAGUGGGAUAUCAAUGAUAUGUAUUUUUCGUAGUUAAAUUUAAUCUUGGCAGUGUUUUCUAUGAAAAAAUGCCUGUGGUGUUCCAUGUUUAUGGUUUUACUGUGUCAAAAUAUCUUGAGACACAUAAGACACAUUUACAAGUUAAAAAAUCUUGUGGAAAAUGUUGUGGACCCACUUUAUAUCUAAUAUGAGACUGUGUGGUAAACAGAGAUAUGCCAUUCCUAUAGCUUGUUGGCUGUGGUUACUCCAGUAUUUACAAUGUGCAGCUUUGCUUGUAGUUUAAAAAAAACAUCCAAAAAGUCGGGAAAAGCCACAUAAUUCCAGACGUUUUGUUUUGUCUAUUUUGAGCUUCCAUUGCUUCCAUUGGUUAAGCUCGUAGGUUUCCUCCAGGGAAACUCGUGAAGUGCUUCUACUCCAGCCACAAAGACCGUCAGCAGAGAGAAGUGUAUUUUGUACAUGGUAUUAAAUACAUGACAUUAAUUAUUUCAUACCACUGUUAUUAUUUUCUUUCAGUAAUAGAGUUAUACACUGUGGAAACUAUAGUCUAUUUUGUCUAUUUCAUUGUGCCUGAAUUGAUGAAGUGUUAAACUUUAUCUUGCUGCUGCGUGAAUACGUCUAAUAACAGAAGCCUGUUUGCGACAGAUGUGUAAUCUGAGAUGUAAUUAACAAGAACCUUUGACUUUUGUUGUAGUUAUGUAAAUACGUUUUUAAGCAAAAUUAUUUUCAUAAAUAAAAGUGAAUAAAUAACAAA